AUGGCAUCAAACGGCAAAGUGGAAAAAGUCUCCAAGUACGAAACAUUGAGACUUCUGGAAAAAUGCAAGAAAGAAAGAGACGAUGCGAUACACCGGGAAAGCGUGAUGAGAGAAAAGCUGAGACAGUACGAUUCAAGAAUGAGGUCAACAGAGACGCUGAAACAGAAAUUGAAGACAUUGACUUUGGAUAAUAAAGAAUUGCGGAAACAGGUCAAGAUUCUUCGAGCUGAAAUUGGCUUGGAAUCUAGCCCAAAGUUUCAGGGCAAAACCACACGGGAUAUAAUAAAUGACUUACAUGAGAAGGACCGCGAAUGCAAUUCUUUAGUUGAGAAAGCAGGUAAACUAAGCUUGACAAUAGAUGAGCUUACAUCAGAGUUGGCAAACACAGUGACUUCAAAAACGCUGUUAGAGGAUCAGGUACAAUCAUUACAACAAAACUUGAAAGACAUGACCAAUAAUCAGCGACGUUUGCUGAAACUAUGGGAGGACAAGAAGGUUCAGCGUGAGCAGCUUACUCUACCCGCAAUUCCCCAAAGACCUGGACAAAAAACAUCAAUGCACAAAGCGGUUCAAACCGACAUGUCUAUUAAUUCUACACAGAAACUACCCACCAGUGCAUUUGAAACAAAGACGUUCCGAAGAGAGACUGAGAGGAUUGUCAAAGGACUUGAUAAACGCAGUAUAACCGCACUUUCAAAUGGAAAUCAUCUACGCGAAAAGGCCGCAUUAGUUCAACAUGAUACAAAGUAAAAUUGAAAGUGGAAAAGGAGCCAACGUUAACUUUCCAUUAAUCAUGGACUCUGUAACUUAGCCUUUUCCUUGCGACACUUUGAAGAAACUGCGUUUUUGAGACGAUUAUUUCGAUGUAUUUUUUACAUCUUUUAAUUUAACCUUGCCUUACAACUAAUCCAAUCCUAGAACGAUUUUAUUAACAAUGUGUUAAUUUAAUUUAUUUGGCUGAAGUUACAUUUCAUUCAUGCAGCCGCGAGCAAUCACCAUUUAUCUAGUCAAGUCCACUCCGCCAGCCUCUCCGAUGUGUUUAGGUAGCUAGUCUGUAUGAGCGAGCGAGGUUCAUUUUUAAAAGCAUCGUUAGGGCUUUAUAUAG